UCAAAUCACAGUUGGGAAAACUAGUUUGUGGUUGGCCAACCAUAUAGACAAUCAUUUAUUGGCGGGAAAAGACGGUCCACUUUCCCCGAGUUCUCCGUGAUACAAAUUUCUGCCUUCCCGUGUCUGCAUUCUUGGAGUUCUCAGCACAAAAUCUUUGUCUUCUCCUAAGGGAGAUUUUUGGUAACGGGUAUGGGAGAGGUUGAACUUUUUACCGAGCAGAAUUUUGAGCAAAAUGCUCAAGCAGGAAAGGUUCAGACAGUAAUGGACUCAAGUUCACAAAAGAAAAAGGUUGUUUCAGUUUUAGGGCUGUUUGCUGCAGCAGAUAAAAUCGACUACAUUUUGAUGUUCUUUGGAAGCACCGGAGCAUGCUUGCAUGGGGCUGCACUUCCUGCUUUCUUUGUAUUGUUCGGCCGUAUGAUUGACUCUUUAGGACAUCUUUCUUCUAAUCCUCAUCAAAUGGCUUCAGUGGUUUCCAAGUAUGCAGUGUACUUGGUUUAUCUUGGCUUAGUUAUUCUGAUGUCAGCAUGGAUUGGAGUUGCAUGUUGGGCACAAACCGGGGAAAGGCAAACAACCCGUUUGCGAUUGAAGUAUCUCCAGUCAAUCCUGAAGAAGAAUAUUAGUUUUUUUGACACUGAAGCCAUGGACAAAAAUUUAACUUUUCACAUCUCAAGUGAUGCCAUACUGGUGCAAGAUGCUAUAGGUGACAAGAUAGGACACAGUUUGCGUUAUCUUUCUCAAUUUUUUGUGGGGUUCGCCAUUGGAUUCAUUUCAGUAUGGCAGCUUACCCUACUCACCUUAGCUGUUGUUCCACUUAUAGCUAUUGCAGGAGGAGCUUAUACGCUGAUUAUGUCCACCAUCUCCCAAAAGGGUGAGGCUGCUUAUGCUGAAGCUGGAAAGAUAGCAGAAGAGGUCAUUUCACAGGUUCGUACUGUAUACUCAUUUGUGGGAGAGGAAAAAGCAGCUAAAGCAUACUCCAUAUCACUUAAUAAGGCCCUCAGACUGGGGAAGAAGAUUGGCAUUGCCAAAGGAGUUGGUGUUGGGUUUACAUAUGGGCUUCUGCUUUGUGCCUGGGCAUUGCUUCUGUGGUAUGCUAGCAUACUUGUCAGGCAUCGGGACACGAAUGGCGGGAAAGCAUUCACGACCAUCCUCAAUGUGCUCUUCAGUGGAUUUGCUCUUGGUCAGGCUGCUCCAAAUCUUGCUAGCAUCGCCAAAGGGCGUGCAGCUGUCACUAAUAUCUUGAGCAUGAUCGAAGAUGAUAUCGACCAACACAAUAGGUCUGAUGAGGGCAAAGCAUUGCCAGGCGUCAAUGGAGAAAUCGAAUUCACUGAGGUCUAUUUUUCUUACCCAGCUAGACCUACUAUGAUCUUUGAAAAUCUCAGCUUUUUAGUAUCUGCCGGACAAACAAUUGCAGUUGUUGGUCCAAGUGGUUCAGGAAAAAGCACCAUCAUCUCCCUAGUUCAACGCUUCUACGAGCCUAUUUCAGGACGAAUAUUGUUGGAUGGCCAUGACCUGAAGGAUCUCAAAUUAAAUUGGUUGAGAGAACAGAUGGGAUUAGUUAGUCAAGAACCAGCAUUGUUCGGCACAACUAUAGCUGAGAACAUUUUGUUCGGUAAAGAAGGUGCUAAUAUGGAUCAAGUAAUUGAAGCUGCAGUAGCUGCAAAUGCGCAUUCUUUUGUACAGGGACUCCCAGACGGUUACCAAUCUCAGGUGGGAGAAGGGGGCACUCAGCUCUCUGGAGGACAAAAACAGAGAAUUGCCAUUGCAAGAGCAGUAUUAAGAAACCCAAAGAUAUUACUUCUGGAUGAGGCAACAAGUGCCCUUGAUGCAGAAUCUGAGAUGAUUGUUCAGCAGGCACUGGAUACAGUCAUGUUUGGCCGGACAACCAUUAUUGUUGCGCACAGGUUAUCUACAAUUCGAGAUGCUGAUAAGAUAAUUGUCCUAAGACAUGGUCAAGUUGCCGAAAUGGGUUCUCAUGAAGAACUGAUGUCCAGCGGAGGAGAUUAUGCAUCACUGGUGAGCUUGCAAGUGUCAGAACACUCAAAAGAUCUAAGCGCCGAAGAUCCAGUGAAAACUUCAGCGUCUUCUAGCUUUAGAGAAGACCCCAAAGUUACUAACCAUCAGGAGGAGUCUAAGGAUAUUACCGCAGGAGAUUUGCAUUCAAACAGAGAAGGCAGAAAACUACAAGACUUGAAUUCCUCUCCAUCAAUAUGGCAAUUGAUCAAACUAAAUGCACCAGAAUGGCCAUAUGCUGUAUUUGGAUCAAUUGGUGCAGCACUGGCCGGUAUGGAAGCUCCUCUAUUUGCACUUGGAAUCACUUAUAUCUUGACUGCUUUCUAUGCUCAGGAUGAUACCCGAAUUACACAAGAAGUUCACCGCGUUUCACUCAUAUUUCUGGGAAUAGCUCUUCUAAACAUCCCCAUAUAUCUGUUGCAACACUAUUUCUACACGUUGAUGGGGGAGCGUCUCACUACUCGAGUGCGCCUGCGAAUGUUCUCAGCUAUCUUGUCCAAUGAGAUUGGCUGGUUUGAUAUGGAUGAAAAUAGUACUGGCUCACUCGUGUCAAAGUUAGCAGCAGAUGCAACAUUAGUACGGAGUGCACUAGCUGACCGGCUAUCAACAGUCGUCCAAAAUGUAGCACUUACAGUGACUUCAUUUGUAAUUGCAUUUACCCUGAGUUGGCGCAUUGCAGCAGUUAUCAUCGCCACAUUUCCUCUACUGAUUGGAGCUUCCAUUGCUGAGCAACAAUUUCUGAAAGGAUUUGGAGGUAACUAUGCCGCUGCUUACUAUCGAGCUACUGCCUUAGCCCGUGAAGCAAUUGUAAACAUACGUACUGUUGCUGCAUUUGGUGCUGAAGAGCGGAUAUCAAUCCAAUUUAUAUCUGAGUUGAGUGGACCAAACAGGCAAGCUCUUCUGCGCGGCCAUAUAUCAGGUCUUGGUUAUGGAUUGACUCAGUUAUUUGCGUUUUGCUCAUAUGCUCUUGGCCUUUGGUAUGCAUCUGUUCUAAUUGAACAGAAGAGCUCAAACUUUGGUGAUAUUAUCAAGUCUUUCAUGGUUUUGCUUGUCACUGCCUUUGCAGUGGCAGAGACACUUGCUCUGGCACCUGACAUUGUAAAGGGAUCACAAGCACUUGGUUCAGUUUUUAAUAUUCUUCACAGGAAGACAGCAAUAAACUCUGAUGAUCCCACUGCAAGAAUAGCAUCAAAAAUCAGAGGAGAUAUUGAGUUCAGGAAUAUCAACUUUCAGUACCCAGCAAGGCCUCGUAUUACUAUAUUCGAGAACUUGAAUCUGAAAAUAACAGCAGGGAGGAGUUUGGCAGUAGUGGGUCAAAGUGGUUCAGGAAAGAGUACUGUAAUUUCUCUAGUAAUGAGAUUUUAUGAUCCUACAUCAGGCACGGUACUGAUAGACGGAUUUGACAUCAAGAGUUAUAACUUGAAAUCUUUAAGACUAAGUAUUGGUCUAGUGCAGCAAGAGCCAGUACUAUUUUCUACUACCAUAUAUGAGAACAUUAGAUAUGGCAAUGAAAUGGCAUCAGAAAUUGAGAUAAUGAAAGCUGCCAAAGCGGCAAAUGCUCACGGAUUCGUCAGCAGGAUGCCUAAUGGGUACCAUACUCAUGUUGGUGAAAAAGGGGUGCAAUUAUCAGGUGGGCAGAAGCAGAGGGUGGCAAUUGCUAGAGCAAUACUAAAAGAUCCAUCAAUCCUUCUUUUGGAUGAAGCAACUAGUGCUUUGGAUGCAGCAGCUGAAAUGCAGGUUCAAGAAGCUCUUGAUAAGCUAAUGGAAGGAAGGACAACAAUUUUAGUUGCACAUAGAUUGUCCACAAUACAUGAGGCUGACAAUAUUGCAGUUUUGCAACAUGGCAAAGUGGUGGAAAUUGGCAGCCAUAAGCAGCUCAUAAGCAGACCUGAAGGCAUCUAUUCUCAGUUAGUUAGCCUACAGCAGGAAAAAGGGGCACGAGUCCCUGCAGCACAAUAGCUUGUGGAUGAAACAACAUGACAUACCCACUAAAGUCAACAAAAAAUUAGACUACUUUAGAUGCUCAAUGAACCAAGUUUCAUAUGCUUAAUGAACCAAGUUUCAUAGAAAAUGAUUUCUCUGGAGCUUCUUUUUUUUUUUUUUUUCUAUUUUUGAGUAAACUUUGUUUAUCAGAUUUCAUUUUACACGUGGUUAUACAAGUAUAUAUUUUGUA